UUAUAUUUCUAACAGAGAUUAUUUUUUAUAUUUUUAUUAUAACGCAUUUCUUUGGUUCCUUAAUUUUAUUUUAGCCUCUGGUAGUAUUAACAUAACAGGCCGUAGACGCGCUUGACUUAUUAUUUGCAAUACCGUUAAUGUGUUGUAUUGCAGAGGCGCACAAGGAAAGCCAGCUGCCGUCGGCGCUGCUGUCGCUGCUGCAGGCGCAGGCGCAGGCGCAGUCGCUCACGGCGCUGGUGCCCGCGCGCCUGCCGCCGCGCCUGCCCUGCCUGCCCGACACCGUCAAGGCGCACCUGCUGCAGCAGGCCUUCCUGCAGAACAACAACGCGCCCGCCAAGCAGGACGACCACGAGUCCGACGCCGAGUACGACGACACCGACGACAUCGUGCUGCCGGACGAGGGCGACGCCUUCUACGAUGCGAACAGCGCGUACUCGCUCGACGCCACCGGCUCGGUCGACUCCAACGACGCGUUCGACACCAAGUCGGAGGCGAAGUCGCAGUACAAGCGCGACGGCAACAGCUCGGACGACGCCAGCCGCCAGUUCGAGUGCCGCCACUGCGGCAAGAAGUACCGCUGGAAGUCGACGCUGCGGCGGCACGAGAACGUGGAGUGCGGCGGCAAGGCGCCGGCGCACCAGUGCCCCUACUGCGCCUACCGCGCCAAGCAGCGCGGCAACCUCGGAGUGCACAUCCGCAAGCACCACAACACCGAGUGGUACAUCUACGCCAACAACAAGGUGCGCCGCAACAAGAAGACGUGCAACUAUUAUUGGGGCGGGCCGGGCUGCGUGCCGGAAGACGUGUCGUUCAGUAGGAUCGGCGGGCUGUCGUGGGAGCAGUGGUCGGCGCGGCUGGCGCUGCCGCUCGUGGCGUGCGGCGCGGGGCUGCGGCCGGCGCAUGCGCCCGCGCCCGGCGAGCCCGGCUUCGCCUGCCCCGACUGCGGCCGCCUCUACAAGCUCAAGUCCUCGCUGCGCAACCACCAGAAGUGGGAGUGCGGCAAGGAGCCCCAGUUCCAGUGCCCCUACUGCGUGUACCGCGCCAAACAGAAGAUGCACAUCGCGCGCCACAUGGAACGGAUGCACCGCGAGGUGCACAUGAAGCCCGAGCACUACGUCAAGCAGGACAACAUCGACGCCUGCACAUAGUCACUACCGAUACUACACAUUUUAUACAAAUGUUGAUCCCCGGUUAAGAGUUAGGAUCUUACAUAUCAUUGCCUUUUAGAAUUGUUCGUUGAAUGUUAUAUGUGAGAAGUUUAAACCAGUUUUGAUACCUUAUACAUUUUGGCGUUUAGCAUCGGUAGAUUUUUAUUGAAAUCAUAAGCGCGAAUUUACUGAUCGUAAAAUGCGUAAGGAAUUCCCGAGUUAUUCUGAUUGUGAUAAAUGUGAUGAAAUCUCUUUUGUGAUAGUGGCAUCAGACAGUCACGUUAGAUGUAAUGCCUUCCGCAAGGCUGCUGCCUUCACUCGUUACCUACUCAGCUACGCACAUCGAGGCAGAUGUGAUGACACUAUGUAUAGAUACACUUUAUAUGAAUUUAAACUCUUGACGAAUUAUUACUAGAAAAUCAUUUGUAGCAGUAUACGAACUGUUGCAUUUAUCCGUACGUUAAGAUGAAAGUGAUUGUAUAGUUACGCUUUUUAAUCAUUUUAUAUAUUUUUAUGUACAGCAUUUAUUGUAAACUAUCAUUCCUGAUGUCUAGGUUUGAAGCUUGGAACGUGAUGCGCAAGUUUGAUUAAGUUUGUUACCAGUUGCAGUUACUAUUCUAAAUCUAAAUCAUCAUUUAUAGAAUUAACAUUUUAAAGGAGACUAUUGUUAGUACAAGAAGCGAGCAGGGGUGUACAACGUACACGGGGUGGAUAUUAUCACUUUAUACACGAUGGACAUGUUUGAAAGCUAAAUUAUGUGUAAGUUUUGUAUAUCUUAGUUUUAAUCAAAAUGAAGCUAUUUUCGCUUAGUUAGCAAGCUCUAGUUCUUUGCCAUAAUGCAUGUUCCAUUAUUAUUGUAAUACUCAUUUAAGUUAAUUUUUAUUUCAAUUAUGUUUAGAUCUCUUUACGUCUAAUGCAUUUAUUUUAUAUUAGAUUAGGUUUUACUCUCUUCAGUGACAGUCGAGUGGAAUGAGAUCCGUAGUUCCUUAGAUGAUGUCUAAUGUGUUGUUUCUGUGUCUACUCCGAAUGGGGCCAAUAGCGUGAUUGUGGUCACAACUAGAGGGACGAGUGCCUUAGCUUAAAGUUGUUGUUGAAUCUAAAUUGAAAAAUGUUAUUUACACUGCCAUUAUGAUCGAAUGUCGAUCAAAUCAGCCGUGCACAAUCAUGUUGAGUUAGAGAAGUUGAAAUCAUCUUCCACAUAGUUGAUAAGUAUUCUAUACACAUUACCAUUUAGAAAUUACUAUAAGUUAGGAGCGGUAGCGUCGGCAGCGUCGUGCCGGUCUCGUGACUAGUUCCAUAUUAUCAUGUACCUACUCAUAUCUAUAACUCGUGUAUACAUCGAAGUGGCGCGAUAUUGCCGACGCUACUGUUUAGGUUAUCCGCUGGAGUUACCAUCAUACAAUCAAAAUGUAAAGUUCACAAAGUACAACCAUACAAGUCUUGUCAGUAUAAAACUAAGUGCCUUUGAAAAGUUAGUCAUUAGAAUUUAAAAAAUAUUUCCCUUUAUAAAAAUAUUCUGGACGUAAAUUGCAAAAUUUCUAGGUUGUGAUUUUUAACGGUUAUCGAUAUUUAAAAAUCAGCGAUAACAUUACUCAGUUGUCACAAUUUAUAUUUCUCGGUGUAAGCAAUCGCUUGACCUACAUCGCUAUGUAAUGUGCCAGAUGGCUUUAUUAGCACCUACACCACUAAAUCAGUACAAUAUUUCAGAUUUGUUCAAUCCCGAAAUGACAUAAUCUCAGCUGUGAUAUACAAACACAUAUUCAUAUUUUUGAUAUACGACAAUAUUUUUUAGAUAAUCUAGAACAAAUCGAUUAUAUUUUGUCAAUUAGCAGUACAGUAUAACCAGAUCAGUAUCAGAAUCCAAGUGAUGUCGAACAAAUAUACCUACCUAGUUAUAGUUAAAUUGCUACCUAGAAUAUUUGUAGGACUGUAGAUACAAUGUAUUCUGUCAAUAAGAAGUUACAGUGAUUUAAAUGCAUUUGAUUGUAUUUUUAUAACCUUUUUGUAUUUUAAUAAAGUUGCUAUUCUUGA